UCAUUAGUGUGCGACACCGAACCACUGAACAAGCGCCACAUUUUUGCUGCGCCAAAUUAUUUUGGCAAUUUCAGCCUUCAUCAGUUUAUUACCACAUUAAGUCAAAUUUACGGACCCCCUUAAGGAACAACGUUAAUGCAUCAUGAGUUUAUUUGGGACGAAUACCGGGUUUGGAACAGGAGGGACAGGGGUGUUUGGAAGCACAACAACAGAUAGCCAUAAUCCCAUGAAGGAUGUUGAAGUGACUUCACCACCAGAUGACAGCAUCAGCUGUCUGGCUUUCAGUCCCCCCACCCUGCCCGCAAACUUCCUCAUUGGAGGCUCCUGGGCAAACGACGUCCGCUGUUGGGAGGUACAAGACAAUGGACAGACUGUUCCAAAAGCCCAACAGAUGCACACAGGACCAGUGCUGGACGCAUGUUGGAGCGAUGAUGGGAGUAAAGUCUUCACAGCCUCAUGUGAUAAGACAGCCAAGAUGUGGGAUCUUAACAGCAAUCAAGCAAUGCAAAUCGCACAGCAUGAUGGCCCAAUUAAAGCAAUUCACUGGAUAAAAGCCCCCAACUACAGCUGUAUUAUGACUGGUAGUUGGGACAAAACACUGAAGUUCUGGGACACUCGUUCUCCCAAUCCUAUGAUGUCUCUGCAGAUGCCAGAAAGAUGCUACUGUGCAGAUGUUGUGUAUCCUAUGGCAGUGGUUGCUACGGCUGAGAGAGGUCUGAUAGUGUACCAGUUGGAGAACCAGCCCUCAGAGUUUCGCAGAAUAGACUCUCCACUUAAACAUCAGCAUCGCUGUGUUGCCAUAUUCAAAGACAAGCAGAACAAGCCCACAGGCUUUGCACUGGGAAGCAUUGAGGGCAGGGUGGCCAUUCACUACAUCAACCCUCCAAACCCAGCUAAAGACAACUUCACCUUCAAGUGCCACAGGUCCAAUGGAACCAACACAACUACUCCACAAGACAUUUAUGCUGUAAAUGCCAUCUCCUUCCACCCUGUCCACGGCACACUGGCCACUGUGGGCUCAGACGGACGCUUCAGCUUCUGGGACAAAGAUGCCCGCACCAAGUUGAAGACCUCAGAGCAGCUCGACCAGCCCAUUACAGCGUGCUGCUUCAACCACAAUGGGAACAUCUUUGCAUACGCUUCCAGUUACGACUGGUCCAAGGGCCAUGAGUACUACAACCCCCAGAAGAAGAACUACAUCUUCCUGAGGAAUGCUGCUGAGGAGCUGAAACCUCGAAACAAGAAAUGGUGAGAGAAGGGCAGCCGCUGUCCUUAAACCUGGAGGCCGAGGUCACUGGAUGAGGCUGCCCUGCGUCCUCAAUGCCCUUGUGACUCGUGCUGGGGCAUGCACGACUGUGGGCAUGAUUCAGAUCUCAGUACCGCCGUGUACUGCUACAGUAGCCCUUUUCGGUGGGAAUGGUGCUGUACUGCCCUUAGUGAAGUUGCUUUGAAGGCUUGUGUUGUUUCCGCUUUUGUAGUGUGUACAAACUGCCUUGUACUAGUAAAGCUCUUUGAGUAUGAGGCCCACUGGCUUUUUGUAGGAUUUCUGUUUCUGACAUCUGUGAAGCAAAGAGGCUUUGUAGUGUAUUCCUCUACAUAAAAAGGUUUCAGGAUUGUUAUUUAUCGAGUUCUGGUCGCAGUGGAGAAAUUUAAGAAGCAUCAGCAAACAAUAUUUAAUCUAACACUGAUUUUUGUCCUCUGAAGAGCGAUGUUUUAAUGUUCUUUGUGCAAAAACAAGUGAAACUCCUUUUCAGAAAUAAACAUAUGAACAUCAAACAUAUUCUUUGCGACUGACUGCUUCUUCCUGUCUUUAGAUUCAUCGUGCCAAGUCGCAUCUCUUGUGGGGAAAUGCGGAAGACCUGCUGCUUUAGUGUGUGUGUAUACGCCCAAGACAGACUCCUUCCUAUCAGCAAACACACGGACCAACGCUGCGGUGCUGCGUUCAGUGCAUGGACCAAUCAGAGGGGCCUACCCAACCUGCUGUUGAUGACAGCUGCGUGACACUUGGUCUUAGAUGUCAUCAUAGAAGGGGAGGGAUAUAUUUGUCAUUCAUCUUGAUGUAUCUUCACUAUAUUGUGUCCAGCUCUUCGAGGUUUUUUUUUUUUACAGCUUUCCAAAGACUUUUGUUUUUCUUAUGAUUGGCUGUUUUUCCGUGGUUUAGCUCUAUUAAUGAAACUGGAUGUAAAAUAAAUAAGUGCAUACUCUUCUAUUUGAACAUUCUUAUUUCAGCCUGUGGAACAAAAGUUAAAAGAUGGCGUAUUGUGAUUGUAUGGGAUUCAACUUUUUUUUUUUUUUUUUAUUGUGCAUGCAAAACGGUUAACUUGCUGCAGUCUCAUAAUUCAGCUGUAAAUCUCUUCAUCAUGUGGGUUUCUGACAUUGGAAUCAUAAUCAAAAACAUAAACUUUUAGCCACACCUGUA